GCUUUCAAUAGACAAUCUUCGCUGAGUCCGGGUACAAGGUGGGGCAGAGAGUCUCCUGGUCAACUCGUAAAAGUUGAGUGUGUAUCCGUGUAUGGCGGAUUUCUGCUCAAACUUCUGGAAAACACGUUAGCAGGUGAGUUCUGUGACUCUUUCUGUGUUGUUUAGACCACCUCGGAUUUGGCGUUUGGAUGUUUUGAAGUAGUUUUUCGUGAAGAAGACAGAAAGCGUUAUCUUUCUGUGUCUGAGGAGCUAUCAGUGUGGUGAGUGACCAUCACAGCAGCCAAUAGCAAGAGAGGAAGACGAAUUCUCACCAGCCUUUUAGCCAAUCACAGGCGGGUAUGAGCUGGAAGGCGGGAACCGGGAAGAGUUGCAGUGGUCGAAAGUCGUUGUUUCCAGCUGUCAGCUGGUUGAAACAGAGAGGAAGCUGAAGUUCGGUGUUGACAGGAGGAGUUAUAGUUCCUCUUUGGAGGAGAUUUUCACUAUUACUUGAUUUUGAGCUGAAGUUGGCUCUACCUUUAGUUAAAUUCUGGAUCUGAGCUCCUUCCCGUUUCUGCCCUCAUGUUGGUGUGUCUGCAGCCCGCAUUAGAUUCACCCUCAAAGGUCACUGACAAGUGGGUUUUUUUCCACGCACUUCACAGCAGAGUGUUUACAGUGGGUCUUUAUCAGGGGGGCUCUUCAUCUGUUAGAGCAGAGUCAGGGGGUCACACAGAAAAAGACCCUCACAGACAGAAAGACCAGGUUAUUUUAUCACUGAGGGUCUUUACUGAUUCAACUUUAUUUUUAUGAAACUUUUCAGACUAAAAAUGUGGUUCAAAGUGACUCAAAGAGGCUAAAAACAACAAUAAAACCUGAAUCUCACAAACACACAAACAAGCACACAGUGUGAGAAUUUAAGAUAUGUUGUUAAAGAGAUAUGACCUGACACUGAGGCAUUACGUGAGGAAAGAGCUACCUUUGGGAAAUACUGGAGAUUAAAAAGAGUAAAACCUGCUGGACUAAAACAAGAAAAUAAUCUUAAACGAACAGAUAAGUAAAAGCUUUGUACCAUGUAAAAGGGGUAAAAGAAGUAAAAAAGACUAAGAACAGAGAUGAUUAAUAAAAUGACAUAAAAGAAACAUGAAAAACUUUGAUGAAAAUGAACAUUUGCAAUUAGAGAAAUUUAAAAAAGGUAAUAAGUGAGAAGCCUGGUUAAAAAGGUGAGUCCUGAGCCUCUUCUUACAAACAUCAUCAGUCCCUGAGGCUCUCCGGCAGACUCAGCACUCUGUCGGGCUUCACUUCCACAUCUGAACCGUCUUUUCAGACCCUGAAUUCUGACAAAACCAGAGAAUCCACAUGUUUGUUGGUUGUUUUUGCUGAAUCAGAGGUUUACAACAUCUUCAAAUGAUUUAGUUCAGGACAAAAACAGCUGAGCUUUUAUUUUUAGGCUGAUUCAUGAAAAGUUUUUGUGGUGAAAACAAUUUUAGGAUGGUCGUUCUUUUAUUACAAAGGAUGUUUGACGUGAGCGAAACAGUGACUCAGUUCAUGUCAGGUAAAAAUGCUAUAUCUUUCUUCACGCUCCUGCUUGUCUCUGCUUGUCUCUGCUCGUCUCUGCGGGUCUCUGCUGGUCUUCAGUCGUCGGGUGGAGCUGUGAGGUGCUGGACUGACACAGACCAGAGUCAUGGCCUCAAGCAAAAACAAGAACCAGACCUCUCUGGUCCUCCAUAAGGUGAUCAUGGUGGGCAGUGGAGGAGUGGGGAAGUCUGCUCUCACUCUGCAGUUCAUGUAUGACGAGGUGAGUUUUCUACACUACAUUUCCCAUGAGCCCCUGCAGUCUCUGUGUCCUGAUGCUUCAUUAUUUCUCUGCCACAGUUUGUGGAGGACUACGAGCCCACUAAAGCCGACAGCUACAGAAAGAAGGUGGUUCUAGAUGGCGAGGACGUCCAGAUUGACAUCCUGGACACGGCGGGUCAGGAGGACUACGCCGCCAUCAGAGACAACUACUUCAGGAGCGGAGAGGGCUUCCUGCUGGUCUUCUCCAUCACAGAGCACGAGUCCUUCACUGCAACGUCAGAGUUCAGGUGAGCGGACAGACACACCUCUGCGUGGUGAGGAAAAAAACAACCAAAGAGGCACAUGACAGCGGGCGGGGCUCAGUCAGAAAAUCUCAUAAACGUCCACCUUUGACCAGUUUGUAAAAAAAUCAGAAAAUUCUCAUAAAGAGGUGAAUAAAGUCCACAAAGAAGCUGCACAGAACAUCCAGCUGUGGAGCAGGAAUCGAGCUCUCAGUCCUUUCAGUUUGUCCUGAAAAUGUAUAAAUAAUAAACUUUAUGUUGGCGUCUCUCAAUCAUCUCGAAGUCACCUUCAAAUUGUCCAAAAUGCUGCUGCCCAUCUUUUAACCAACACUAACAGACGUGAGAACAUCACUCCUGUCCUCAGCUCCCUUCAUCGUCUCCCGUCGCCUGUUUUUAAAGCUCUUAACGGCCUCGCCUCCAUCUUUUUAACUGAGCUUUUAACCGUUCAGGAGCCGGGUAGAGCUCUGAGGUCGUCAAACCAACAUCUGCUGGAGGUGCCCAGGUCAAAACACUUUUCAGUCACUGGUCCCAGGCUCUGGAAUAAACUCCCCACCGAAAUGAGACUUAUGUCCAACCUGGGCAUUUUUAAAUCCUGAUUAUUCAUGCUGGCUUUAAACACCCAGUAGUGUGGUGACUCUUUACUUUAUUGCACUGUAUUUUAUUCUUUUUUAUUGCUUUUAUUGUUUUUAUUUAUCCAUUUUUAUUUUGUAUUGUAAAGCACUUUGGUUCACCGAACGAGUUAUAAUUAUAUAAUUAAAGAACAUUCACAUUUGAUUUGCUGCAAGUUUUGACCAAAACCUUCUUUUAACCCACAGAGUCCAACAUCAGGUCCUCUGUGUUUCUCAAUGUUUUGUCCAAAUGAAAACCUGAUUUCCUGAUCAUGACUGAUCUGAUGAUCAUCAGCGUUUAAAGUAAAUGAGUGAGUGUUUCCUAUAAAUUAGUGUGUUUCCCUCUGUGUGUGUGUGUGUGUGUGUGUGUGUGUCAGGGAGCAGAUCCUCAGAGUGAAAGAGGAAGAGGGGAUCCCUCUCCUGCUGGUGGGGAACAAAUCUGACCUGGAGGAGCGGCGGCAGGUUUCUGCCGACGACGCCACAGCGAAGGCGGGCGAGUGGGGGGUCCAGUACGUGGAGACCUCAGCCAAGACGAGAGCCAACGUGGACAAGGUAACAAGAACCAUAAAACCAGAACCUAGAGUGAGUGAACCGAGCUGCAGGGGAGUCAGAGCUCCUCCUUCAGAGGAACAACGAAGUGAAAGAGGAGCUGCAGCUCAGGCUCUGACAGGAGGAACAGUCAGUGAUGUGAAAGCUAACAUCGUCAUUCUGUGUGUGAGAAUUUUUCAGGGUCAUAUCAGGCAGAAGAAGGUUGAGGGGUGACCUUCUCCUAGAGGUCAAGGUUUCUUCAACCUGCCUCUGCAACAUCUUUACAAAUAUCAUCAGAAGUCCUGUAUCAGGUUAAAGAGUCACUGCGAUAAAUCCAAAAUGACCUCUGAUAUCUGAACCCAGUUUCAUCUCAAACUGGCGUCAGGUUUUACUCCACGCACUUCACCACAAGUCUAGUUUUCACUUCUGCAUUAUUUUCCCUGAAGGAAGAGGAAUAAAGCUACAGCCUUUUCUCACCUCUCUCUCUCUCUCUCUCUCCCUCUCCCUCUCUCUCUCAGGUUUUCUUUGACCUCAUGCGUGAGGUCCGCAAGAAGAAAAUGGCAGAGAGCAAAGACAAAAACGGACCGAGCGGCAAGAAGAAGAAAAAGCGCUGCUGCAUACUUUAAGCUCCUGAGGUCACGGCCGAGGGGACAAAGUGCCAAAACCAAAAAGCAGCAGCAGCAGUCAGACGGACUGAUCCACACCGGCGGCAGCAGCAGCUCCACACCUGCCUGACUGACUGACUGACUGACUGACUGCUGCUCUGCUCCUCCACAUCGGCGCUCACACAGUCAGACUGGACAGAAACACCCACCGACACUUCAUGGUCUCUUCUUUUCCUGCGAUCCACGGAGGCAUUUAGUUUUUUAUUCACACCUGAAACAUGUAUAAAAUCCACGUUCAGAAAAAUCCACCGACUUUAUGAGUUUAUAAAUCUCUUUUUUGUGUUUGUUCUGAAAGUAUUUGGUUACUGGGGUAUUAUCUUUGUUGUACAGAUUGGGACGAGUGUACACGGCCAAAUGUAUGUGGACACCUCUCCAUUCAUGUCCAGUUUUCUGGUUUCAGUUUCUCCCGCUGAUGUUGGAGCUGCUGCAGAGAUUUCCUCCUUUUUUUCAGAGCAUCAGUGAGGUUGAGACCGUCUUCAGUUUACGGAAGUUUGGACUGGGGUGUCCGGAUAGUUUUGGCUCGUUACUGUGGCGUUCCUUUGUUUUCUUCUUCUGCCUGUAAUCUCUGAAACGCCAUCCUCACAUCAGACGUUCCAGGCUCGACUUGUUGUGCCUUAAACUGUCUCCUUCCUCGUGUUUGUCGACUCGUGGGUUCCCUCUCUUUUAUCGCGGUGUCUGAGCAUGUGCACACAUUCCUGAUUGGUGAAUUUUACACUUCCACACACACUCCUUUUGUACGAAAAGCUUUAUCCUCCUCUUCUCUUACCCACAUGUUGUAAUUUAUAAUCAAUAAAAGGGAUCCUGUUGACGUCACUCAGA